AUGACUUUUGAACACUCUCAAGAAGUUAGUAAUGAUUAUGAAAAAUUAUUUGAAAUUGAAAAAGGACAUGACGUAAUUAUAUGUGCUGGUGAAGAUGAAAAUAUGAAAGAAAUUCGGGCACAUUCACUCAUCCUAUGUACUAGGUCUCAAUAUUUUUGUGCCGCAUUCUAUAAUGAUUGGGUCGAGAAGAAGAAUGGAAUUUUCAUUUUUAACAAACCUAAUAUUUCUCCUCAAUUAUUCAAAAUUAUUUUAAGGUUUAUUUAUUGUGGAAAAAUUGAUUUAACAAAUUUUCGAGGACCCGAACUGUUAAAACUUUUAAUGGCGGUAGAUGAACUUAAUAUUCAAACAUUGGUUACUUGUGUUCAAAAGCAUUUAAUAAAUGAUAAAGAAUUCUUACAAGAGAAUUUUAUGGAGAUUCUUCAAAUGGUUUAUCAUAAUGAAUUAUUCACAGGCUUAUUGAAUUAUUGUCUUGAAGAAAUUGAUACGAUAUUUAAUUCUGAUAAAAUUAUUAAUUUAGAAGCACCUUUAUUGGAAUUUCUUUUAAAACAAGAUGAUUUAAAUUUAGAUGAGAUUGAAAUUUGGGAUGGUUUAAUCAAAUGGGGAUUAGCACAAGAAAAACUCAAUCGAGACACCUCUAAAUGGAACAAGAAUGAUGUAAUUAUUUUUAAAAGAAUUCUUUAUAAAUUUAUUCCCUUAAUUAGAUUUUAUGGAAUUCCUUCUGAAGAUUAUAUUAACAAAGUUAAACCCUAUGAAGAGGUUUUAUCUAAAGAAUUGCGAGAAGAAAUAUCAAAAUUUCACUUAGAUCCUGAAUAUGAACCAACAUCCAACCUUUUACCAAGACGUUUUAUUGGAUCUACUCUAAUUAAUCGAAAACACAUUACACUUUUUAUAAAUUUUAUUGACAGAAAAAAUAUUGACACCGAUUAUAAUAAGAAUCCUUAUAAAUUUAAUCUUUUAUAUAGAGCAAGCAGAGAUGGCAAUACAGCUACAUCAUUUCAUGCUAAAUGUGAUAAUAAAGGAGCUACUAUAGUUGUAGCAAAAAUAAAAAAUUCGGAACAAAUAAUUGGAGGAUAUAAUCCACUUUUUUGGGAUUCAAAUAGUAGUGAUAAAUCAACAAAUGAUAGUUUUAUAUUUUCAUUUUCAGAUAAAAAUAACCUUCGGAACGUACAUGUAGCUUACAGUAAUGGUAGUCAAUAUUCUGUACGAGGUUACUCACAUUGUGGUCCAUUAUUUGGUUUAAAUGAUUUAUAUAUAAAUUAUAAUAAUGAUCCUAAUAAUUGGUACCAUUUUGGAUCAGGUUCUUAUCCUACAAUUAACAUACCAAAUCGUAUAAAUAUAGGUGAUUAUGAGGUAUUUCAAGUUAUUAAAAGAUAA